AUGGAAAAAUUUGUUUACAUGCAAACAAAGAAAACCAAUGACUUAGAGGAGAGUAUCAAGCAAGUGCAAGCCCACAAUAAGAUGCUAGAAACUCAAUUAACUCAACUAGUGAUUGUAAUUAAAAGUAACAAUCCUAGCACCUCUUUUCCCAGUCAAGCUAUUGAUCCUAGAGAACAUUGUAAUGAAAUUAUGACUAGAUUUGGGACUAGCAUAGAUGAAACUCCACCCAUGAUGAGUUUGCAAAAAGAGAAUAAGAGUGAGGAGGUUAAGGAAGAGAAACAAUGUGAGGUGUCUUCUAAGUCAAGUGAGGAUGAGAUGGUUGUCAUGAGUGAGUCCACCACGGUGAGCUUAACUAAAAAUUGUAAUGCAAUUAUCAAGAACCACUCACCCACUAAACUAAAAGAUCACGGAAGUUUCUCUAUUCCUUGCUCUAUUAAGAACAUUACCUUUGAAAAUGCCUUAUGUGAUCUUGGAGCUAGUGUGAGUUUGAUGCCUCUUUCAGUUUAUGAGAAGCUUGGUAUAGGUGGUUUGGUACCCACCAAUGUCACUCUUCAACUUGCUGAUUGA